UGCCCUGGGGGACACUGGAGAUGUUGUGAAGACCCUGGAGAUACUAUAGGGACAGCCAGGAGAUGACCUGCAGGACCCCGGAGAUGUCUCUGAGGGAGUUGGAGAUCCUCUGGGGACACCUUGGAGAUAGCCCUGGGGAAUCCAGGAGAUGCUCUAAAGAUGUGCUGGGGACCUGGAGAUGGCCUUAGGGACCUUGGAUACACUCUAGGGAACCUGGAGAUUCCCUGGGGACCCUGGGAUGCUCCGAAGACACCCUGCCCACGGUCCUGGUGCCCCCAUUCCCGUCCCCACUCACUCUCGCUGCGGCCGCAAGUUCAUCAUUGGGAACGCGCGGGCGGCCAACUGCGCGGUGAUCUACUGCAACGACGGCUUCUGCCGGCUCUGCGGCUACUCGCGGGCGGAGGUGAUGCAGCAGCCCAGCACCUGUGACUUCCUGCACGGGCCCCGCACCCAGCGCCGCGCCGCCGCCCAGAUCGCCCAGGCGCUGCUGGGCGCCGAGGAGCGCAAGGUGGAGAUCUGCUUCUACCGCAAGGACGGCAGCUGCUUCCUGUGCCUGGUGGACGUGGUGCCCGUGAAGAGUGAGGAUGGCACCGUCAUCAUGUUCAUCCUGAACUUCGAGCUGGUGCUGGAGAAGGAGCACCCAGGGUCCCCUGACCAGGACACCAACCACUGGGUCACCCCCCCCAACUGGUUCCCUGCAGGGCGCAGCCGGUCGCUGCGGCUGAAGCUCCCAGCGCUGCUGGCACUGGCAGGCAGCAAGCAGUCGCUGCCAGCCACGGAGGCACCGGACGCAGUGGUCGUGGACUGUGCCAAGCAGAGCAGCGAGUCCGGCACUGAGGAUGCCACGUCCUGGCCAGAGCCUGGCUGCCUGGGAAGUGCCCAGCCCGAGGACCAGGCAGCUCUGAUGGGCGGGGAACCCCCCGUCACCCACUCCUCACCGCGGGCCGACCGCCUGGCACCGCACGCCGCCUUCUCGGAUGGCAGCCUGGCACGGUGCCGCUCGGGCGACAGCCUCCGCAGCCUGCGCCGGGCAUCGUCCCUCGAUGACAUGGAGGCCAUGAAGGGCGACGGGGACAAGCGCUGCCACCAGCGCCACGCCAGCGCCGGCGUGCACCGCGGCUCCAGCACCGGGGCCGUGGGCAGCCUGCGCAACGCCCUGCUGAACUCGACGUCGGAGCCAGAGCUGGCACGGUACCGGGCCAUUGGCAGGAUCCCCCACAUCACCCUCAGCUUCGUCGACUUCAAGGGGGAUGCCUUCCUGGCCGCCCCCCCAGGCGAGAAGGAGAUCAUCGCCCCCACCAAGCUGAAGGACCGGACCCACAACGUCACCGAGAAGGUCACCCAGGUGCUGUCUCUGGGAGCCGACGUGCUGCCCGAGUACAAGCUGCAGGCGCCGCGCAUCCACCGAUGGACCAUCCUGCACUACAGCCCCUUCAAGGCGGUGUGGGACUGGCUGAUCCUGCUGCUGGUCAUCUACACGGCCAUCUUCACCCCCUACUCGGCCGCCUUCCUGCUCAACGACCAGGAGGAGGCGCAGCGGCACCACUGCGGCUACUCCUGCAGCCCCCUCAACGUGGUGGACCUGAUCGUGGACAUCAUGUUCAUCAUCGACAUCCUCAUCAACUUCCGCACCACCUACGUCAACUCCAACGAGGAGGUGGUCAGCCACCCCGCCAAGAUCGCCAUACACUACUUCAAGGGGUGGUUCCUCAUCGACAUGGUGGCUGCCAUCCCCUUCGACCUCCUCAUCUUUGGCUCCGGCUCUGAGGAGACCACCACCCUGAUCGGGCUGCUGAAGACGGCGCGGCUGCUGCGGCUGGUGCGGGUGGCGCGGAAGCUGGACCGGUACUCGGAGUACGGCGCGGCCGUGCUCUUCCUCCUGAUGUGCACCUUCGCCCUCAUCGCCCACUGGCUGGCAUGCAUCUGGUACGCCAUCGGCAACGUGGAGGGCCAGCGCAUCGGCUGGCUGCACGCCCUGGGCGAGCAGCUGGGCAAGCCCCUGAACGCCAGCGACCCCCGCCGCGGGCCCACCAUCAAGGACAAAUACGUCACCGCCCUCUACUUCACCUUCAGCAGCCUCACCAGCGUCGGCUUCGGCAACGUCUCGCCCAACACCAACUCCGAGAAGAUCUUCUCCAUCUGCGUCAUGCUCAUCGGCUCGCUGAUGUAUGCCAGCAUCUUCGGGAACGUCUCUGCCAUCAUCCAGCGGCUGUACUCGGGCACUGCCCGCUACCACACGCAGAUGCUGCGGGUGCGGGAGUUCAUCCGCUUCCACCAGAUCCCCAACCCCCUGCGCCAGCGCCUGGAGGAGUACUUCCAGCACGCCUGGUCCUACACCAACGGCAUCGACAUGAAUGCGGUGCUGAAGGGCUUCCCCGAGUGCCUGCAGGCCGACAUCUGCCUGCACCUCAACCGCAGCCUGCUCCAGAACUGCAAACCCUUCAAGGGAGCCACCAAGGGCUGUCUCCGUGCCCUGGCCAUGAAGUUCAAGACCACCCACGCCCCGCCCGGGGACACCUUGGUCCACGCGGGCGACGUCCUCACUGCGCUCUACUUCAUCUCCCGCGGCUCCAUCGAGAUCCUGCGCGGCGACGUGGUGGUGGCCAUCCUAGGGAAGAACGACAUCUUCGGGGAGCCCCUGAACCUCUACGCACGGCCGGGGAAGUCCAACGGGGACGUGCGGGCCUUGACCUACUGUGACCUGCACAAGAUCCACCGCGAGGACCUGCUGGAGGUGCUGGACAUGUACCCCGAGUUCUCCGACCACUUCUGGUCCAGCCUGGAGAUCACCUUCAACCUGCGCGAUACCAACAUGAUCCCCGGCUCCCCGGGCAGCGAUGAGCUCGACGCGGGGGGAUUCAAUCGGCUCCGCAAGCGCAAACUCUCCUUCCGCCGCCGCACCGAGAAGGAUGCCACCCCCGGGGAGCUGCGGAGCUGCCCGAAAGCGCUGCGAGGGGGCAGGAGGGGACAGCCCCCGGGGGCACCGUCCGAGUGGGAUCCGUGUCCCCCAUGUCACCCCAGCGACCCCUCCAGCGACCCCUCCAGCGACGAGGACGAGCCCCCCGCCCCCGGCCCCCCCGGGGCCACCGCACUGUCCCCGUUCCGCAGCGAGGGGGCCGAGGAAGGCGAGAGCAAAGGCAGUGGCGAUAUCUGCAACCCGCUGUCAGGAGCCUUCUCUGGGGUCUCCAACAUCUUCAGUUUUUGGGGGGACAACCGGGGCCGCCAGUACCAGGAGCUUCCCCGCUGCACCAUCCCGGCCCACGCCGCCCUCAGCCUUCCCCUGCCGCCCAUGAGCCGGCGCCAGCGUUCUGAGGUGGAAACUCGGCUUGACCUUCUCCAGAAGCAACUCAACAGGCUGGAGACGCGCAUGGCCACUGACAUCAGCUCCAUCAUGCAGCUCCUUCAACGCCAGCCCACCUUGGUCCCCCCUGCCUACAGCACGGUGUCAUCCCCCCACCAGCCCCACGGACCCCCGUGUCCUCUCCAGCCCAUCCUCCCCAUCACCCCUAUCCAACCGCUCGCUCAGGUUCCAAGCUACCCAGUCCCACUGGAACUGGCACCUGCCCCAGACCCCCGCGCUGAGCUGCCGCCGCUGCCACCAGUGCCACCAGAUGUGGUGCUGCUGGUGGGCUCAGUGGGCACCACGCCUCGACGCCUGUCCCUGCCCGGCCAGCUGCCCCCUGCCCCGGGCUCGCAGCCCCUCCAGAGACACUGCUCUGACCCCGGCAGUUAAUGGGACACGAUGGGACCAGGACCCCCCCACCAGUGCCACGGGACCCCCCCUCCCGAUGCCAUCCUGGCACCAUGGCACGUGGGGCCCCCCGGCACAACAGGACACAGGACCCUGUCCCCAGGACGCUGUCAGGGCCGGUGGAGGGUCCUCCAUGGAUAAUCCCCCUACGGUGGGGGUGGUGGGACCCCCGUGCCCCACGUUAGCUGGACUAACCAGGGGGGGUGUGCCAGGCCCCUGGCCCCACUGCUGUGCCCACGACUUGGCUGGCAGGGCUGGCAGAGGCUGCUGGGCACUGCUGCUCUUCGCCUUCUCCUCCUCCUCCUAGUGCUGCAGCGCCCUCCCUAGCCAGACUCCCUCUGCCCUUGGGGCUGGCAGUGUAGUCUGGGGGGGUCCAUGCGUGUGCCAGGUGUGUGUCAGGCGUUUCCCGUGCUUGCUCCGUCCGUGUGCUUGCGUCGGCGCCCCGGGACAAUGAGGAGGUCUCGGGGUGGGGUCCCGCUGAGCCAGGAGGCCCCUCCCCCCCAAAAAAAUUUGCUGCUGUGGGGACAGCCAGGCACAGUGCCCGUGUCCCCUUGUCCCUGUGUUCGUGCCCAUGGCAUGCGUGUGCUGCGUCUUGCAUGUGCCCCUGACGCUGUGCCCCCAGCCUUGUCCCUGCUGGGGGUGGCCCAGGGGGCAUUUUCUGUCCAGGGGAGGGUGCCCCUCCGUUCCUCCAGUUGCUCCCUAGCUGGGGGCUCCCCUCGUGGGGCCACCCCACGCACAGGUUUGGGGGUGUUGGGGGACUUUUGCCCAACCCCCCUCAGCCACUCACUGGCCCCAGUAGUGUGUGCUGUGUUUGUGCUGUCAUCCCGUAGCUGGGCACUGCGCGUGCCCACCCCACCGUGUGCCCCCCCUGCAUGUUGCCUUCUGCCGUAGGUGCCCCCCAGGUUUGGGGCAGACCCCCCUCCCCCCCAAUAAACCAGACAGAC